AUGUCCUUUAACUCCACAAGAGAGAGUAAGACUCCAUAUGCUUCAGCUAUAGGGUCUAUCAUGUAUGCCAUGCUAUGUACUCAUCCUGACAUGUCGCAUGCUUUAAGCAUGAAAAGUCAAUACCAAGUAGAUCUUAGUAAAGGUCAUUGGGUGGCAAUUAAAACCCUCCUUAAGUACUUGAAAAGGAAUAAGGGUACAUUCCUUAUGUAUAGAGGUGAGGAAGAGCUAAGUGUAAAGGGUUACACUAAUGCUAGCUUCCAAACCAAUAAGGAUGAUUCUCGAUCACAACCAGGUUUUAUGUUUUGCCUUAAUGGUGGUGCUAUGAGCUGGAAGAGUUCAAAGCAAGAUACAAUGGCUGAUUCUACAAUAGAGGCCGAGUAUAUUGCAACUAUUGAGGCAGCAAAAGAAGUUGUUUGGAUCAAGAAGUUCAUUACUGAACUAAGGGUAGUACCUAGCAUAUCAGAUACUACAAAACUCUGUUAUGACAACAACGGAGCUAUUGAACAAGCCAAGGAACCCAGAUCUCACCAACGAUCCAAAUAG